AUGCGUUUCGUAAAGUCCAAUGUUAGCCAAGCGACAACCAGCCUCGCGUUGCUAGCGUCGGUUCCAAUUGUCUCGGCCUCGUGCAGUCUUCCGUCGUCGUAUCAGUGGACAUCGACUGGACCGCUGGCGAGCCCGGAGUCAGGAUGGGUCUCGGUCAAGGACUUCACUCAUGUCCCUUACAACGGCCAGCAUCUUGUGUAUGCGUCGGACGUCAAUACGGCAGGGUCCUACGGCUCGAUGAACUUCGGCCUUUUCUCGGACUGGUCUGACAUGGCCUCAGCGAGCCAGAACGGGAUGAGUUCGGGCGCCGUUGCGCCUACACUUUUCUACUUCUCCCCGAAGAGCAUUUGGGUACUCGCCUAUGAAUGGUGUGCGUCCCCAUUCUGCUACAUGACGUCAAGCGAUCCCACCAAUGCGGAUGGAUGGUCAUCGGCGCAAACGCUCUACUCCGGAAGCAUCUCCGGCUCCAGCACCGGUCCGAUCGACCCGGCACUCAUCGCCGACAGCUCAGACAUGUACCUAUUCUUUGCAGGAGACGAUGGCAGCAUAUACCGGGCCAGUAUGCCCAUCGGAGAUUUCCCGGGCAGCUUCGGCUCAUCAGCGACAGUGGUCUUAACCGACUCGACUGACAACCUAUUCGAAGCAGUUGGUGUCUACACUGUCUCGGGCCAGAACCAAUACCUCAUGAUCGUUGAAGCGAUUGGAGCAAACGGGCGAUACUUCCGCUCAUUCACGGCCACCAGUCUGAGCGGUUCAUGGACACCGCAGGCCACAAGCGAGAGUGCCCCUUUCGCUGGUAAAGCCAACAGUGGUGCCACCUGGACCAACGACAUUAGUUCCGGAGAUCUGAUUCGCAGCACCAACGACCAGACAAUGACCAUUGAUCCGUGCAAUCUGCAGUUACUCUACCAGGGAAGAUCCACAUCGUCGAGCGGCUCCUAUAACCUCCUGCCUUAUCAGCCCGGUCUGUUGACUCUGGCAACCUAG